AUGGCAGGAAAAACACUCAAAAUCGCCGUCAUACCCGGUGACGGCAUCGGUGUCGAGGUGAUGCCGUACGGAGUGCGAUGUCUUCAAGCCGCAGCCCAAAAGUUCAACCUGUCUCUCGAAUUUGAAGAGUUCGACUUUGCCAGCUGCGACUACUAUGAGAAGCAUGGCUCCAUGUUGCCCAAUGAUUGGAAGGAGACACUCACCAAGUUCGAUGCCAUCUACUUUGGAGCUGUGGGAAUGCCAGAUCGGGUACCCGACAACAUCAGCCUCUGGGGAAGUUUACUCAAGUUUCGACGCGAGUUUGAUCAGUACAUCAACUUGCGUCCUUGCCGCCUCAUGCCUGGAAUUCCUUCUCCCCUCGCUGGUCGCAAGCCAGGCGACAUUGACUUCUGGAUCGUACGGGAGAACACGGAAGGAGAGUACAGCAGCAUCGGAGGUAUCAUGUUUGAGGGAACAGACAGGGAAACAGUCGUUCAAGAGACCGUCAUGACUCGAGUCGGCGUGGAUCGAGUUCUCCGAUAUGCCUUCGACCUCGCCCAAAGCCGCCCGCGAAAGAAGUUGACGAGCGCUACCAAGAGCAACGGCAUCAGUAUCACCAUGCCUUAUUGGGAUGCUCGCGUGCGCGAGAUGCAAAAGAAUUACCCUGAUGUUGCUGUCGACAAGUACCAUAUCGACAUUCUCACGGCGCACUUUGUACAACGUCCCCAAAUCUUUGACGUCGUGGUUGGGAGCAAUCUCUUUGGAGAUAUCCUAUCAGAUCUGGGCCCAGCUUGCACCGGAACCAUCGGAGUUGCGCCAUCUGCAAACAUUAAUCCAACUGGGGGAUUCCCUAGCUUGUUUGAGCCGGUUCAUGGGAGCGCCCCGGAUAUCUUUGGCAAGGGAAUUGCGAACCCGAUCGGCAUGAUCUGGGCGGGCCAGAUGAUGCUCUCCCACUUUGGCUUCAAUGACGCUGCGGAUGCUAUGUUGAAGGCCAUUGAGGGUGUUCUUGCUGGGUCUGACAAGGAGGUGAUGACGGCGGAUAUGGGAGGAAAGGGAAACACGCAGAGCUUGGGUGAGGCUAUUGAGAAGGAGAUUUUGUCGGGGUAG